CUCUUAAGUAAGGGCAAUUCCUCCAAUCACGAGAUCGUGACCAAGCUUCUCCUCACGCCAGCCUUCGACCAAGAUUCAUCCCCUCCCCUCAGGUACUGUCCCAUUGACCUAAAUCGAACCAGACUUUCAUCACUCCGUAAUCCUACUAUUCUAAAACUGCUGGAGACUGAUAUUUAUGCCCACGAUGAAAGCAUCCGCAGAGCUCCCACUGCGCAUCUUGACGCACAAUAUCCGAUAUGCCACGGGCUCGCCGUUCAAAGGCGAGCGACCCUGGGAGGAACGCAAGCAGCCCCUCCUGAACGAGCUGCUGUUCAACACGCGCCACCAGGACGCCUUCAUCUGCCUGCAGGAGGUGCUGCACAAUCAGAUCCUCGACAUCCACGCCGGACUCAACGUCCAACCGUCGAAUGCUCCGGCCCCGGCCACCGGCGCAGACCCCACCUGGGCCUAUAUAGGGGUGGGUCGCGACGACGGCCGGCAUGCGGGCGAGUACUCGCCCAUUUUCUACCGACCCGCGGUCUGGCAGCUCGAGCACUGGGAGACGGUGUGGCUGUCCGAGACGCCGGACAAGCCGUCGAAAAGCUGGGACGCGGCGUCGAUUCGCAUCGUCACCGUCGGGGUGUUCAAGCACCAGACCAGCCGGCAGACCGUGCUGGCCUUGAACACCCACCUGGACGAUCAGGGGUCUCGGUCGCGCUACGAAGCGGCUCACAUCAUCUUGCGCAAGAUCCAGGAGUAUCGCGCGGGGCCGUACGGGGACCAGAUCAACGGGGUCUUCCUGACGGGCGACUUCAACAGCGAGGAGGAGCAGGAGGCGUAUCAAGUGUUGACGGGACCGGAGUCGGGACUGGCGGACGCAGGGAAGCAGGUCGACGGGGCCGAGCACUACGGCAACCAGAUAACGUGGACGGGCUUUGGCUACGAGGGACAGCCGCCGUCGCGCAUCGAUUACAUCCUGUUGGAGCUGCAGUCGGACACGGUUCUGGGCAACGGAGGACAGCCGUGGACGGUGGAGGGUUACGCCGUGUUGGCCAAUCGGUUUGACGACGGCGUCUUCAACUCGGACCAUCGGGCGGUGGUGAGUGACGUGAGGUUGCACAGAUAGGCUUCCGGAGUACUGGGGGAUUCGAAAGUAGAUCCAUUCUAGUAUACAAAGUAUUUAUGCAAUCAUUGAUGAAGGAUGAUGUCGUAUACGGAGAAAGGAGGAAGAGCGAGAC